AUGGGAGAAGGCAGCACCUCCCACGGGCUGCAGCGCCUUCGAAGACCAUUUUGGCGUUCAAAAGCCAGGGGCAGGUCUCCAAGUCCUGAGAAAUGCGAUAACUUCCUUCGCAAAAAGGUCAACAGCUUCCGCAUUACGCCUCCUGGACCAGUUCAAUUUCACGAUCAAGAACAAAAGUUCCGACCGAAAGAAGAAGAUGCAGCAGAAGAUCUGAUAAUGAUCAUCAAAGCCCACGAUGGCGACCCCAAAACCAACGUCAAAAUCGAGGAUACCCCAUGGAGCUCUGUUUUCGAGCAAAUGACCGUCGCUAAGGAAAGAAGCGAAAAGAAAACUGGCAUGAGUUCAAAAGCAGUGGAUGGUGCUGAUUUGAUGUCGGCAUACAUCAACCUAGUGCCAGACGACUUCGGAAUUGGGAUACUGAAAGGAGGGUUGGCUCUGAUACUUGAUGCCGCAAAGGCUUACGAAGAAAACCGAGAGAGAAUAAUCCAGACCUUUGAGACUCUUCCCGAGAGUAUCCUCACCAUAAAUACGGCCUUUCAAUUUCUCGACCCUGAACCGGAAGACCUCAAGAUACAGACCAACUUCCUACGCAUGUUGCUUAGGGAUAUUCCGGUACUGAUCAACAUCCUGCUAGGAAACGAGCCGUGGUAUCGCAAAGUCUUCGAGUUUCUGUUGCUGCGAAUUCCAGAGACCUCGACAAUUGACGAAAUUCUGUCGCAGUGGGAUCGGCAACUAGCCCGGCUUAAAGAACACAUAGAGCGCAUGAAAAUUCUACUGCAGGACAAGUGGCAAUCCAAGAUGUCCGAAAAGCUAGACAGCACCGGCGACAAGAUCAGCGACAAGAUCGAGUCCACCAGCGUGGGGAUUCGAGAGUUGGUGGCGGAUGGCUUUCGCGACAUGAAGAGAGACAACGCCGAGGUGCUGACGCAGGUAUCUCGUUCAACUAGCACUUACGCGGACUUGGCCACUGUGUUCAGAGACUAUAUGGUGGCCCAUCAGCGGGACAAGGAGAAGGAGCGCAGGGAUCGGGAAUAUGAAAGGGAGAUAUUUUGCCGGGAGCGAGACGAACUUGAACGAAAAAACCAAAACCUCAACGUCCAAGUCGCGAAACUCAGACGGAGGAGCCUCGAGGAUAGAAGACAGGCCAGCGCAAUCAAGCCCAUCCACCUCGCGGGCGUGCUCGAGAUCCCCGCGGGCAGCUCAAAGCACUUGGAGCGCCCAGAAGAAGACCACAAAGUCGUCCUGGAGGAAUCCGGACACCUCGACGCGGACGACAGAGGCAAAGCGCAGUGGCUGAUCCAAACCGACGAGUUCCACGAUUGGUUCCGCGCCAGGCACACAUCCCUCCUCCUUGUCGACGGCUGCAUGGGCGACCUGCUCGUAUCUCCCCUGUCGGGAAUCUGCGCCGGCCUGAUAGGAAACCUCGUGGAGGCCGAGAACAUCGCGACGGCUUUCUACUUUGCGGGGCUGCAUGCCGAGAAGCAGAGAUCCGGGAAGAACGGAUCGGAUCCGACCACGGGACCGGUGGCCAUGAUGCGGAGUCUUAUAUCGCAGCUGCUCCACAGCAACAACUUGCCCGAUCCCGACUUGGGGUUCAUGACCUACGCGACGUUGAAAGACUGUCACGAGGGAAACUGCGAGGUGCUCUGCAACGUGUUCGCCAAGAUCGUCAAACAGGUUCCGCCGCAUGUGACCGUCUUCUGCGUCGUCGACGGCGUCUCGUGGUUCGAGCAGGGGUCUUGGUUGAAUGACCUCGUGUACAUCGCCAGUAUGUUUGAGUAUCUGGCCGGGAGGGACAAUGUUGGACGUUCGGGUCCGUUGAAGGCCUUGUUCACGAGUCCUACGCAGAGUCAAGAUAUUGCAAGGCUGGCAAUGGCGCACAGUGAUAUCUGGGGACACGUUUCCCUGGCGGCUGGUCAGCUUCACCCUGGCUUCGGGUCGAUGGAUUCUGCUUUGCUUUAUUAG